AUGCCUUACUCAGUAGCCUUCUUCGGCGCAACAGGUGGCUGCACCAAUGCCUGCCUUGCUAGCCUCCUUCUUUUCUCCGAAUAUCAAGCAAUCGCUCUUGCGCGCACACCUCAAAAAUUACUAGACUCCCUCAAAAAACAACCCGGUAUCACCGACGCCAUCCUCGCCCAAAGACUCAGCAUCGUCAAGGGCGAUGCCACAAAUGUCGCAGACGUGAAGAGAACCCUUCUUUUCCAGGCUGAUGAUAAUAAGAACAGCAAUGCAGAGCCCAAGCUGGUUGAUGCAAUCGUUUCCGGGAUUGGCGCCUACCCUCAACGGAAGAAGGGAACAUGGCUCACUUUUGAGAUGGAUAACCGUAACAUCACGGAACAAUCCACCACCGCAUUGGUGUCUGCCAUGCAGGAAAUACGGGCUCAGCAACAGCAGCAACAAGAACACAAACCCGUCGUAACUGUAAUCUCAACAACGGGUCUCGCCAUACCCGCUGGCUCCAAAGAAGACGUGCCCUUCGGUCUACAGACACUCUAUCAUUCCCUCCUCGCUGAGCCACAUAAGGACAAGAAACGCAUGGAAGAAAUAAUCAGUGAAAAUGCAGCUCUUUUCCAGGGUGUAAUCAUCACGCGCCCAACAUUGUUGAAUGGUGACGGUAUUGUGAAGGUCGAUGGUGUUCGGAAGACCGUCAGGGCUGGUACGGAGGAUGCCCCUGCAAAGGGAUAUUUGAUUUCGAGGUCGGAUGUGGGUGGGUGGAUUUGGGAGAAUGUUCUGAAGCCUACGGAGCACGGAAAGAAAUGGUAUGGAAGGAGGGUUUCUUUGGCUUAUUGA